AAGUUAUAAUCAUUGUUGAACAUAGUUGAAACUUAAAAGUUUUUGUCGUUUCGUGUUUCUUCAAACUUUAUACGUAUUUGAAAUUUGGUUGUAAAGAUAUUUGGAUAGCUUGAAGUAGUGAAGUGCCUGCGGCUGGACCACUGACCACUGACCAGUCGUCAUCUUGUUUGCCUUCGUCUUCGUUGCUAAAUCGCAUGGUUAUUGCCCUCGCGAUCGUUGGCUAAAUAAUUGCCUACCGCGUCAAUGGAUAUCUGCAGCGACUCCGAGGAAAUUGUACGGCACCCGAGGUCCAUUGUUCAUUUAGACGUGGAUUGCUUUUACGCCCAGGUGGAAAUGCUCAGACAUCCUGAGUUGAACGGAAGGCCCUUGGGUGUGCAACAAAAGAACAUCGUGGUUACAAGUAAUUAUACGGCGCGACAAUUUGGCGUUGGCAAGUGCAUAUCUGUUCAAGAAGCGCUGCGACUGUGUCCAGGGCUGGCCCUAGUUAGGGGAGAAGAUCUCACUGAGUAUCGUCGAAUCUCUGCCAAAAUAUCAGAAAUAUUACACCAAUUCACACCUCUCGUAGAGAGGUUAGGUAUGGAUGAGAGUUUUGUCGAUGUAUCGUCUAUGGUAAAUGAUUACGCGAUUGCCAGGUCAGACAAUGACUGUCGUAUGAAGGACGACGGUUUCCAAGAAUUCGACAGUGAGAACUAUGCUUCUGAUGAUGAGUCCAGACGGGUGGUUGGAAACAUUUUUGGUGCCUCCGAAGAAGAAUGUCCAUGCGGUUGUCACUCACGGCUUGCUGCUGCAUCGAGGAUUGCGGCUGCUAUGAGAGCACGUAUAUUUAAGGAAUUACACAUCACUUGCAGCGCAGGCAUUGGACACAAUAAGCUAGUGGCAAAGAUGGUAGGAUCUCUUCACAAGCCUAAUCAACAGACCCUGGUAUACCCGUGCUCGGCACCAGCACUCAUGACUAAGAUUGGUCCUGUGUCAAAAAUACCAGGGAUAGGUACCAAAACCACCCAGUUGCUUGCUACAAAGAACAUAAAAACUGUGGAAGAUGUGCGAAGAAUGUCCAUGGACGAUCUAGAAUCCAAGAUCGGAAGUGAGUUGGCCAGAAAACUCAAGGAUAGCGCAGAGGGUAUCGAUGAUAGUAUCGUUAAGCCAUCUGGGAAACCCCAGUGCAUAGGCAUAGAAGAUGGAUUUAAGCACGUGUCUUUAGUCAAUGAGGUAGAGUCACGCCUGGGUGCUCUACUCAGGAGACUCACAGACUUGGCCACUGAAGAUGGAAGGAUACCUGUGGCACUGAAGGUGACUGUACGAAAACAUGACUUGAACAAGCCAAGUACUGGUAAAAGAGAAACUAGACAAUGCGCCCUUCCCCACACACUCUUGCCAUCGACAAGGGGGGGAGUCUACGAUCAUGCAAAAAUGCUUGUUCUUGCUAUGAAAUUGUUUCACAGAGCAGUUGACGUAGCCAAGCCAUUCCAUUUAACUCUUCUGGGAGUAGCUUUCACAAAGUUUGAGGAACGGGUAUCAGGAAGAAGUAGCAUUACCUCAUUCCUACGCAAACAAGUUGCAGUUCAGUCGGUACUCGAUAUUAGUUCAGAGGAAGGUGUAUCAGAAUCAGGAUCACUGCAAACUACUACCUCAGUCCCUACCGCCAUUAGCUCCACAGCCACGACAACGAGGGUGAGCACAGGAGAAGUGGGGGAUAUAGGAGAGGAUGUACAAAUGAACAAACCCGACUCAUGGUUGAGUUCCAAUGUGGAAAAAAUUGCAGUGUCGCCAUUAACCGUCCAUGGUCUGAUGACAUCAAGUAUUUCCAGUGUUUCGUUGUCGGACUGUUAUCACAAUCGGAAUUAUCAAUCCCAUCAUCAGAAUCAUAGUCAUCGCCGCCACAAUAUUCUACAUAACCAUCAUCACCGCCAUCGUUCUCCCUCACCCUCCCAUCAUCACAGUCAUGAUGAUUGUCUUCAACAACAAUCACAAGAACGUCAUUACCUUUCACCUGAUGAAGACGAUGUCCCUGAUGAAGUGGAGCCCUCACCAAAGAAAACUAAGCUAGAAGUAUGGUUGAGCGGUCGUAGAGAGUCGCCGAGUAAUGAAAUGGCAAGCUUGAGGCUCGGACCAUCUUCACCCAUGUCGCCAAUGACUCCAGUAUCACCACCACCGGGGACAGAUCCAACAGUUUUUAAAUCACUCCCUAUAGAGUUACAAACCGAGAUUGGCCGUACAUGGCCAACAACUAGCAAACCUAAACCGAAUGAUAUACUUAAAUAUUUUAUAGCAAACAAGUGACGUACAAACGCGCAUAUGCGAACCAUGUGAACCUCACAAACAUUAAUGUUACAAGUUAAAGCGCGCCUGCCGUGUACAUAUGUAUAUAGAAUAUGCAUUCUCAGAUAAAUACAUACUUAUUCUUACUCAUUAAAAA